AUGUCUAGGCGCAAGCAGGCCAAGCCCCAGCACCUCAAGUCGGACGAGGAGCUGCCGCCGCCGGACGGGGCUCCCGAGCACGCCGCCCCGGGGGAAGGCGCGGACGACGCCGACAGCGGGCCCGACAGCCGCAGCGGGGGCGAGGAGACCAGCGUGUGCGAGAAAUGCUGCGCCGAGUUCUUCAAGUGGGCAGACUUCUUGGAGCACCAGCGGAGCUGCACCAAGCUCCCGCCCGUGCUGAUCGUGCACGAGGACGCGCCCGCGCCGCCCUCCGAGGACUUCCCCGAGCCUUCGCCCACCAGCUCCCCCAGCGAGCGCGCCGAAAGCGAGGCAGCGGAGGAGGCGGGCGCCGAGGGCGCGGAGGGCGAGGCCAGGCCUGCGGAGAAGGAGGCCGAGCCCAUGGACGCGGAACCCGCGGGGGACACUCGCGUGCCCCGGCCCCCGCCCGCGGCCCCUGCACCCCCCACGCCCGCCUACGGCGCGCCCAGCACCAACGUGACCCUGGAGGCGCUGCUGAGCACCAAGGUGGCCGUGGCGCAGUUCUCGCAGGGCGCGCGCGCAGCGGGCGGCUCGGGCACAGGUGGCGGCGUGGCGGCUGCCGCCGUGCCUCUGAUCCUGGAGCAGCUCAUGGCCCUGCAGCAGCAGCAGAUCCACCAGCUACAGCUCAUCGAGCAGAUCCGCAGCCAGGUGGCCCUCAUGCAGCGCCCGCCUCCGCGGCCCUCGCUCAGUCCUGCGGCCGCACCGAGCGCACCGGGCCCGGCCCCCAGCCAGCUGCCCGGGCUGGCGGCGCUCCCUCUGUCGGCUGGGGCCCCUGCCGCCGCCCCCGCGGGCUCGGGCCCCGCCGCCCCGGCUGCCUUCGAAGGCUCGCAGCCCCUGUCCCGGCCCGAGUCUGGCGCCAGCACCCCCGGUGGCACUGCGGAGCCCAGCACGCCCGCCGCCCCCAGCGUUGCCCCGGCCCCUGCCGCCCCCGCCCCAGCGCCGCAGACUGCGGCCUCAUCGCAGCCACAGAGCGCGUCCACGCCGCCUGCCCUGGGCCCGGGGUCCCUGCUGGGCGCGGCGCCCGGCCUGCCAAGCCCGCUUCUACCUCAGACCUCUGCCAGCGGCGUCAUCUUCCCCAACCCGCUGGUCAGCAUCGCGGCCACGGCCAACGCCCUGGACCCGCUGUCCGCGCUCAUGAAGCACCGCAAGGGCAAGCCGCCCAAUGUGUCAGUGUUCGAGCCCAAGGCCAGUGCCGAGGACCCGUUUUUCAAGCACAAAUGCCGCUUCUGCGCCAAGGUCUUCGGCAGUGACAGCGCGCUCCAGAUCCACCUGCGCUCGCACACGGGCGAGCGGCCCUUCAAGUGCAACAUCUGCGGGAACCGCUUCUCCACCAAAGGCAACCUGAAGGUGCACUUCCAGAGGCACAAGGAGAAGUACCCCCACAUCCAGAUGAACCCCUACCCGGUGCCCGAGUACCUGGACAAUGUGCCCACUUGCUCGGGCAUUCCCUACGGCAUGUCGUUGCCCCCGGAGAAGCCCGUGACCACCUGGCUGGACAGCAAGCCCGUGCUGCCCACCGUGCCCACGUCCGUGGGGCUGCAACUGCCGCCCACUGUCCCUGGCGCGCACGGCUACGUCGACUCCCCCAGCGCCACCCCCGCCAGCCGCUCCCCGCAGAGGCCCUCGCCCGCCUCCAGCGAGUGCGCCUCCUUGUCCCCAGGCCUCAACCACCCCGAGUCCGGCGUGUCAGCCACCGCCGAGUCCCCACAGCCACUCCUCGGCGUGCCGUCCCUGACUAAAGCCGAGCCCGUCAGCUUGCCUUGCACCAAUGUCAGGGCCGGGGACACUCCCGUGGGCGCGCAGGCCAGCACCGCGCCAACAUCGGUGGAUGGCGCUCCCACGAGCCUCGGCAGCCCCGGGCUGCCCGCCGUCUCCGAGCAGUUCAAGGCCCAGUUUCCGUUCGGCGGGCUGCUGGACUCGAUGCAAACGUCGGAAACCUCGAAGCUGCAGCAGCUGGUGGAGAACAUCGACAAGAAGAUGACGGACCCGAACCAGUGCGUCAUCUGCCACCGCGUGCUGAGCUGCCAGAGCGCGCUGAAGAUGCACUACCGGACGCACACGGGGGAGCGGCCGUUCAAGUGCAAGAUCUGCGGCCGCGCCUUCACGACCAAGGGCAACCUCAAGACGCACUUCGGCGUGCACCGCGCCAAGCCGCCCCUGCGCGUUCAGCACUCCUGCCCCAUCUGCCAGAAGAAGUUCACCAACGCCGUGGUCCUGCAGCAGCACAUUCGCAUGCACAUGGGCGGCCAGAUCCCCAACACGCCGCUGCCCGAGGGCUUCCAGGAUGCCAUGGACUCCGAGCUGGCCUACGACGACAAGAACGCGGAGAUUCUGAGCAGCUACGACGACGACAUGGACGAGAACUCCAUGGAAGACGACGCCGAGCUGAAGGACGCGACCAGCGACCCGGCCAAGCCGCUCCUGUCCUACGCGGGGUCCUGCCCGCCCUCCCCGCCCUCGGUCAUCUCCAGCAUCGCCGCCCUGGAGAACCAGAUGAAGAUGAUCGACUCGGUCAUGAGCUGCCAGCAGCUGACCAGCCUCAAGUCCGUGGAUAACGGGUCCGGAGAGAGUGACCGCCUGAGCAACGACUCCUCGUCGGCCGUGGGCGACCUGGAGAGCCGCAGCGCGGGUAGCCCCGCCCUGUCCGAGUCCUCGUCCUCGCAGGCCCUGUCGCCGGCCCCCAGCAACGGCGAGAGCUUCCGCUCCAAGUCCCCGGGCCUGGGCGCCCCGGAGGAGCCCCAGGAGAUCCCGCUCAAGACCGAGAGGCCCGACAGCCCGGCCCCCGCCCCAGGCAGUGGAGGCGCCCCCGGCCGUGCGGGCAUCAAGGAGGAGGCGCCCUUCAGCCUGCUGUUCCUGAACAGGGAGCGGGGUAAGUGUCCCAGCACUGUGUGUGGUGUCUGUGGCAAGCCUUUUGCUUGCAAGAGCGCGUUGGAAAUCCACUACCGCAGCCAUACUAAGGAGCGGCCGUUCGUCUGCGCGCUCUGCAGGCGAGGGUGCUCCACUAUGGGUAAUUUAAAACAGCACUUACUGACGCACAGAUUGAAAGAGCUGCCUUCUCAGUUAUUUGACCCCAACUUUGCUCUAGGUCCCAGCCAAAGCACUCCUAGCCUGAUCUCCAGCGCCGCGCCCACCAUGAUCAAAGUGGAAGUGAACGGUCACGGCAAGGCCAUGGCGCUGGGCGAGGGUCCCCCGCUGCCCGCGGGCGUCCAGGUCCCCGCCGGGCCUCAGACAGUGAUGGGCCCGGGCCUGACACCCAUGCUGGCCCCCCCGCCGCGCCGGACGCCCAAGCAGCACAACUGCCAGUCGUGCGGGAAGACCUUCUCCUCGGCCAGUGCCCUGCAGAUCCACGAGCGCACGCACACCGGCGAGAAGCCGUUCGGUUGCACCAUCUGCGGCCGGGCCUUCACCACCAAGGGCAACCUCAAGGUGCACAUGGGGACACACAUGUGGAAUAACGCCCCCGCGAGACGCGGCCGCCGCCUGUCUGUGGAGAACCCCAUGGCUCUCCUAGGGGGCGAUGCCCUGAAGUUCUCUGAAAUGUUCCAGAAGGACCUGGCGGCUCGGGCAAUGAACGUGGACCCCAGUUUUUGGAACCAGUAUGCUGCAGCUAUCACAAACGGGCUCGCCAUGAAGAACAACGAGAUCUCCGUCAUCCAGAACGGAGGCAUCCCCCAGCUCCCCGUGAGUCUCGGGGGCAGCGCCCUCCCGCCUCUGGGCACCAUGGCCAGUGGGAUGGACAAAGCGCGUACCGGCAGUAGCCCACCCAUCGUCAGCUUGGACAAAGCAAGCUCAGAAACAGCAGCCAGCCGCCCAUUCACACGGUUUAUCGAGGACAACAAGGAGAUUGGUAUCAACUAGCCAGUGACUCGCUCAUCUGCCCUGCCCAGGCCCACGUUUUGAAGUUGGAGCGCCAGGCCUCUGACCUUCCUUGCCUCGGUUCUCAUUACACUUUCACCCAUAGCAGAAAACACUUUGUGCGACUGCUGAGAGGUGGUCUUGUAAGUGCUGCAUGGUGCCCCCUUCAACAACAAGCCUGACUGUUCUUGAGAACUCUGCAACCUUUUACAUAAGUUUCCGUCAAAAAAAAGUGCUUGGAAAACCGCCUUAGGAACAGAAAGAGCUCAGACCAUGUCCACUUCCUUUCUCCUGAAACCCAAUAAUCUCUACGAGGGAGAAAGGGGUCCCCCGCAGUAUUCCAGUGAAACUCAUUUGAUGGUUUCGUUUGAAUUAGUUAGACACUUGAACGAUGUUUUUUUAGAACUCUUCAUGUUAAAGACGUGGUUUAGUACUCCCAAUGCUGUGUAUCAUGACACUAUCUUCGUCUGUAGUAUUUAUAAUGUUAAGAUUAUGCGGGUAACAGACAAUAUAAUAGCCCCGACCUUAAACGAAGCUUUUGUACUGCAGAAUACAUCUGGCUAUGUGAUUUUUUUUUUUAAGCAAGAUUUAUUUUACUAUAAAUAAGUGGAUUAUUUCAAUGCAGGCAAAAUUGUGAAGUUCUGUUGGGAAAGAUAGCAUGCUUUUCAUGUGCGAGUACCUGUCAGUAAUAAGCCUUUUGUUUGUUUGUUUGUUUUGUUUUUUUAAAUUUAAAUGUUUGUAGCUGCUAUGUGGACUGUUGUUUUCUAGUGUGGUCUGUAGCCCAAUGACUGGGGAAUGAGUUACAGACAAACAUCACUGUAAAUGACUCACAACAUUAUAAACAGUUGUGAGAAAAUAUUUCACAUUAUCAAAGCUGUACAAUAAAAAGGUAAUGUUUGUAUAAUGUGGUUGCAAACUCUUAAUUUAUACUAUUGCACUUUUAGUAUUUUGUAUUAGGGAGGUUUGUCUAUAAUUUGAAAAUUUAAAAAGAUGUAUUUUAUAAAUAGUACUUCAAUUUAAGGAAAAUGGGAAAACUGUUACAGUUUCUUGUUUUGUCUUAUGGUCAAACAAUAUUAGAAAUCUAUGCCACUUAAAAAGAAAAGCCACCAAGACUUGUCAGCUCCUCAGAAAAUAGGGCCUGGCGUUUCUUGAGUUAAAAUGAUUUAUUUAACUUUUCUACAAACACAAAGCUCAUUUAAAAACUGUGACCACCCCCUAAGGAAACCUUGGUGAAUUCCUCCUAGGACUGUGACGUCAGUACACGCCAGGAAGGAACUAGGAGAACCUUUUGCAGGUCUGAUUUUCCCGUAAGCGGGUCUGUCUGUCUCUCUCUCACCCACAGACAAGACUGUGGCUGCCUGGUGGCACUGGUCACGUGGACAGUAAACCCAAGAGAAGUGGCAAGUAUCAGGCAGUACAAUCAGUCAUGACUUUGAAAUUUUCCGAGUUCCUGAUUUAUUUAUUAUCUUCUCAGAUGAAAGCAAAGCACAGUGUCCUCUGAUUUUUCAGAACACAGUCUGGCGCUGAUGGCUGAGCUGCAUCCAGCCGGGAGGGCCCGGGAGGCAGGGGCGGCCGAGGCAGCGCAAACACGGCGUCGUGUGAACUACCUCAUUUUCGUGCGUUGCAAGCGUGCUGGCGUCUGACACUGUGAACUUCCAACAACAAAAUUGUUCAAGAGAUGCUCUGUCAGCUGGGUAACAGUGCGAGGAGUUGCAUGCCCGGACAGUGACGUCUUCUCGGUUGAGACAGAAAAAUAAAACGAUCUUCUCCUAACAACCACAGCAGCAACAACAAUCAUUGUGAGAGGAUGGGCUGUGUGUGCCAGCGUGUCACUGAACAAAAAGAGUAUCAAAGACUCAUUAGCUGUUUAUUUCUAUUGGAAAUGAACACUGAACUCUACAGCUCUGUUUUCCACGGUGAUGAGAUGUAACGUGGCCCCACCGUGCCCCCUCUUCUCACGGGAUGAGGGCUCGGGGUGUCUCAAGCAUUAGGCAGAGAAAACUGAGGUGGCUUGAGGUCGCUGUGUUUCAGCAGUUGAAUGUUUUCACUAUUUAUCGGUGUCCUUUCUGGUGUGUGUGUGUGGUUUUUUGUUCGUUUGUUUUUUGGUUAGUAUUUGGUACCACAUAGUGUCCUCUCUUCUCCCAAAUGGAUGUGUAUAUAACUAAAGAGAAAUGUAAAGUGUUGUAAAUAAGAUGGCUCAUGAAGGUACAGUGAGACUGACCCUCCUGUGUGCAGGGCUAGGCCAUCCCUCUGCAUGGUCAAGAGAGACGCUAUUUUUAUACUGUAAUGCCAUGCGGGGCUGGGGCCUCUCUGAGCAGCUGGGGAUUGUUACCUAGACCCAAUAUUUUUUAUUAUUAAAUCUUGUGGCUUGACACAUCUACUGAUUGAAAUGGAUGUCUUAGUCUAGGUUACUAUUUUUGUCACAUGGAAUUGAAUAAAAUGCAGGAUGUAAUGUUACUUCUGAGUUGCGUUCCUUGAUUUCCCUAAUGGAGAAAGUGGAAUUUGAGGAGGUCAUUUGUGGUGGGUGUGUGUCCGUGGUAUUUCCACCAGGAACGUCAACACAGGUUGGCAGCUUAGAUUUAAGCAGCGUCUCGGUGCAUCUUGAUUGGUCUUGAAAUUUUUACUUUGUGCUUUUUUCCAAAAUAAAAAUUCAGCCUCCUAGUUGUGGGUUCUUUUUACAUCUAUGAUGGAAGAAGAUGUGGUAGAAAAUUCCUGCAUAUCAGAGACUCCGCAGUGCCCGAAAAUGACCGCUCAGAAUUGCCUUCCUGUCAUCAGCAUGAAGUGAAAAUGCCAGCUUUUCAGGUUGCUUGAACACAUAGAUGUGCAUCUAAUCACAGGACAGGAUAGGAGUGGGUGGGGCGGUGCCCACAGUGUGGCAGCAGCAGCAGCUUUGUGAGUUCAUGGAUGGUGGCUCCACACAGCUUAAUUCCAGAUGGAGAACGCCCUUAAUUUAAAAUCAGCUUUACCUCACUGAUAACAUUUAAUAAGAAUGAUUUUAUAGCUCCUGGAUUUCAAGAUAUGUAAUCAAUUUCUUCUUUUUUUAUUAUUUUUAUUUUUAAAAAGAAUAACUACUGACAACCUAAAAGCUACAGUGAUUUUUACCUGGGAAGUACCAGGUGGCUUUUAACGAAUGAUAAAGGUACUAACCACUAAACUAACCAAUCCAGGCCAACCUUCCAGCAGAUAUCAUAAGCCUUAGAAAUCAAACCAUGUUGAUUUCAAUGUUAGAAUAGAAAGUAUAAAGUGUAAACUGACUAAAUGAGAUCGUAAAUUCAAUUUUUUUAAAGUAAGGAAUUAGCAAAAAAAUGUACAGCCAUCUAAAGUAAUUAACAUAAACUAAAAUGCAGGAGAAAAGGGAUUUACUUCUUGUAUUUUAAAAAUAUUUCCAGAGGUAAGGUCAGAGAUGUUAGGCUUGGCAAGCCUGGGUGUUUACUGCUUUCUGAUGCCAACUAUGGUGAUGUAAACUGUGUAUCAAAGAAUCAUAAAUGCCAACAAUCCCUAAAAAUUAUUUAAAUACAUUUCUAAGUUCAUUACAGGAAACAUUAACAUUUAAGCUAAUUAAUAAGUACUGCUAAAGGGCUAAAAAGCAAUUGUCUUCCAGCUCUUGCUGUUUAAUUUUGGCCCCGUGGAAGCUUGGAGGCAUGGGAGCCCCUACCUGCUUUUCCUCUGCCUUUGGCAGGCACUGCCUGGUCCCCAUCUUGUGUUUUACGAAGCCCCGGUGAACAUCAGGGCUAUUUCUUUAUCACUAGGCUGCAUGCAUGUUUCCAGCCCAACCAGUUUCAAAUCACUGUAUUCACUGUGGUGGUUUGUGACGCCGCAGACGCCCAAACCUCUCGUCCCUCUUCUGGUGCACGCGUGAAGCCGGAGACGGUGCUGCACGUGUUUCAUUCUCGCCCAGCUUGUCACCCGCCAGCUCACUGCCAACCUGAGGGCCCCGUGUUCAGGCCUCUGUGUUACCACCUUGUGCUCGUUUGCUAAUUACUGAGACAGGCAGACAGUACCUGUUUAUUCCUUUGAAAGUUUCUUACGACACAGUGCUUCACUGAAAAAAAAGAGGACAUGAAAUGUUUAUCCCGGCAGACCUGUUUGCUGCUUUUUAGCUAUGUUAAAACUUGAUCUACAAAAUAUUCUAUAUAACAUGGGAAGGAAGUGACAUUCCCCUUUUUCAUGUAAGAAGGAAAUAUUGGGCAUUAAUUCUCAGUAUUCUUUAUGAAGUGAAAACUUUAAAAUGAAAUGACAAUAGAGGCUUUUUUUUUUUUUUUUUUUUUUUUUUUUUUGGCCAUUCUCUUUUCAGCAUUUCUGUACCAAGCGAGGCUUGGGGCGUGACCUUGUCCUCUCUGCAUUGUCCUGGCUGGUACAAUCCACGCUGGGGCCCGGGGAGGGGGCCCGGCGUGGAGAAGGUUCUCACUCUGUGCCAUGUAAAAGCUGCUUUCCUAUCUGUAGGAAGAGGGUAGAAUUUGACGAUAUUCAAAUCCUUUUCAGUUCUUUUCAAACUUCCAUUUUUUUUUUAAGAACUACCACUAAUGUACAUCUUUCUCUUUACCCAAAAAUAAUCAUGAAAAAAAUUGACGGUAUUUAUUAUAUAGAGAGAAAAUAUGAGUUAUUACCUAAAAAUAUUCUCCCAUAGAUAUGAAAAAUCAAUUACAAGUAACUUUGCUAAAGAAACUACUACACGGAAUCAUUUUUGGAUCAUGAAAAAUGUACUUGUAUCUUUUUUUAAAUGAAAAAGCCAUUGAACUUAUUGAUGUUAAAAAUGCAACUAUACUUGGUAAAAUAAAAUCAAGCUGUGAACUGAUGCGUACUGCAUAUUCUGUUAGAUAAGGGACGUUAGAAACAUAUUUGAUUUUUCCAUGAGUCCUGCACACAAGUACACACACAGCCCCUCAUUACAGCAUUAUAUAUUCAAAAGAGUAUGCAAUUGAAAACAAUGUGUUUUUUUUUUUUUUCUUGUUAUUCCUUAGUAGAAUAUCAGAGAGCCUAAACUAUGAACAUUGGUGUUACUGUCCUGAUUUCUACCACGGUCUGCAUCUUUGGCCUGUUUUCGUUGGAAGUAUCAUAGAUUGUCAUUUGGACAGACCAUUCCUAGCGAAUACUUGCCUUUCGGGGAGCUUGGAUAACCCUGGGGAAAAUCGGAAAGCCAGCGAGACAAGAGGAAGAAGAGAUGUCACGGUGUCAGAUUACGUUUGUGUUCUGUUCUGUCCAAAGUUCUUUACAUCAGUAAAUGAAAAACAAAUGGUGCAUAGGCCAUGCCCUGCAGCGAAAGAUGCAAGGACUUGUUCAUAUUGGUAUGAAUCGCUCACUGUAUAUGAUUCAAACGUGAAAAUAAAUGUCUGAUUACAGU